CCUCAAACACCCCCUCCCAUCUUCUGAUUCCUCGGAUUUUGCAUAUCGCGCCUCGGUCUUGUCCCCGGUAUUAGAUUUUGAUUCUCCAGUCUUGCGACUGGUCUUAAAAGGGCUUUGUUGGCUCAAAGGCGCGGCAUUUGCGAACCCCAGUCCCGUCCCCUACAAUUCCUCGCCUCCCAUUUUCCCAUUUGCGUCACUUGCAAUCCACCUUCAGCGCCCGCGCACUUUGAUCAUGGCCACCAUGGUCGCAGCAGGGACUCCCCUCGCGGAGGCCCUUGGUCAUGUUAUCCCACCAAAGCUGGUCGAGAUGGGCUGGAGCUCCGACGGUGGCGACGAUUCAGCUCUGACCGAGUAUGUGAUCUUGAUGCUGGUCAACGGCAAGACCCAGGAGCAAAUAGCGGGCGAACUCUCCAAUGAUCUCCUUGGUCUCGGCGAAGGCGACACACAAGCCCUCGAUUUCUCCAGGUGGCUGUUCGAACAGGUCGAGGUUCUUAACCACCAAAUCAAUGGCGGGGGUGCCCCGGUGCCCAACGCGCCUGCCUCUGCGCAGGCAAUUCCAUCAUUUGCGGAUCAGGACGCCACCGCUACUCAAAUGACCGGCUUCGAUGGUAGUGUGCAGGAUACCGAUAUGAGCAUGGGUGAUGGAACCCCCGGCGACUCUAUACCGACGGGUCCGAAGGCGAUGCGCAGUGGUCGUGGCGGCGGACGGGGUCGGAUGCUCAACCAAAUAAAUCGGACGAUGGACCGUGGGGACUCGGCUUUACAUAGAGUCCGUGGCCAAGCUGGCGCUGGUCGGAUCAAUUCGCACGGCCGAGAGCAUGGAAAGGGACGUUUCAACCAAAAUGGAGGAGCCAGGAUGCCCGGUGGCCGUCAAAUGGGGCAAAUGGGCAUGGGCAAUAUGAUGAACAUGACCCAAUCCGAUCAGAUGCACCUCAUGUCUCUGCUCGAGGAGCAAGCACGCAUGAUGGCACAAAUUAUGCCUGGAUUCGUCCCCCCUGCGAUCAACCCAGCCUUCCAGCAGAACGGAUCGCCACAAGGCCGUUCCUUGUUCGAUCGCGUCGAGCGCCAGCGUGGCCACCGGCAUCACGGUAAUCGCGGCCAGCGUCAUAACCAGCACGAUCAGUCUGGAGAUGUUGAUAUGGAUACGAAACCGGACCAAGGAAACCAGGAUGAAAGCAAUACCGACAGUGUGUGCCAUUACAACCUCCGGUGCACCAGGAGGGACUGUCCCUUUGCUCACCAGUCACCGGCCGCCCCUGAAGGUGCCCCGGUUGAUGUUUCAGACCCAUGCACAUAUGGGGCGGCUUGUAAGAACCGGAAGUGUACUGGACGCCAUCCUUCCCCUGCCGUCAAAACCGCACACCAAGCAGAGGAGCUCUGCAAAUUCUUCCCCAACUGCGCCAACCCUCAUUGCCACUUCAAACACCCCAGCAUGCCUCUCUGUCGGAAUGGGGCUGACUGCACCACUGAGGGUUGCAAGUUCACCCAUGUCCAAACCGCUUGCAGGUUCAAUCCUUGUCUCAACCCGAACUGUCCGUACAAGCAUGCCGAGGGCCAAAAGGGCGCCUUCUCCGACAAGGUGUGGACGGCCAAUUCACAAGAGGGCAGCCAUGUGAGCGAAAGGAAGUUUGUGGCUGAGGGGGACGACGAAACGGAGGAGUUGAUUAAGCCGGACACGGCUGGGGAUGGUUCUCAGAGCCAUGAGAUCGUGACAUAGUCUCCUGCGAGGGACUUCCCUUCCCUUGUUUCUUUGACGAUAUCCACAUUCUACAAUUCCCUUAUGAGGCCGGAGAGAUCUCUUGUAUUAUUUGGUGUGCGCGCGCAUGCGGAUGAUGGUUGCUUGCUUGCUUGGGAGGGCGUUUAGUUGCGAUCUAAUAACUUUUAUUGCUCAUGGGAAUGACAGAAAGAAUUCAUGGUUGUUUGUAAAUAGAGUCUGGAUAUCAUAAGCCUGC